UAUUAUUCCAUUCCCAUUCCACUCCGCUUAUUACUUUAUGAUGUUAGUCAAGAAAAGGAUUGGAUUCCUAACAUUUCGUUUUAGUGCUCUCACCACAUACAUAGGUUCAAAUAUAUUUUUUUUUUUUGUUAAAUUUUGUUCUCUGCUUUACCUUCUCAAGAAGCCGAGUGAGAGAGGAAGUGACUUGACAGAGAGAGAGAAGAGGAUGGGGAUUAUGGAUUUCCUGAACUCAACGACCGAUAAUCUGAAAAAAAAGGCACCCAAUCCGACGCCGGUGAAGGAUUCAUGGUGGAGGAGCUCCUACAAUUACGGAAGGACUGCCGUUAACGGCGUCAGAGACAAGGGUGUGAACAAGUACUAUCCCGAUGAUGAAACACGGGCCAAGAUCGUCCGUAUCGGGACCAAGAUCGGCCUGAAUGCUGUCAACUAUGGCUUAGAGGAGACCCUCAAAAUAAUCCCUGGUCGAAAGGCAUUCGAUAAAAUUGUUUUGCCAGCAAUUCGUGAUGAAAUGGCACUGCGAGCUAUAAGAUGAACAGAGCAGGGAAAGGAAAGAUAUUCGAUAAGCACUUUCACUUUGAAAAUACGCCCCCUUGGAUUUAAGUGCAAAUAAAAAACCAGAAGAUGUGAAUGUGAUACCAUUGUUCACCAUGAAUGUGGGUAGAAAUGCUUUUGAUGGUCUGAUUGUUCGAGUGAGUGGUCGCAGGAAGAACCGGAAGUAGAAGGCAGUAUCUGGUAUGAAGCAGAUUAGAUUGUGAAAAGUGAAGGGUGUUUUUUAAUUUUUAGUGCUGGCAUGGUUUUGAUUUACUUCGCCUUUUGUAAUUACUAAGAAGCCUAUUACGUAUGCUAAUACUGGAGAUGAAUACAAAUUAUUGUACUACAAAGAACAACCUUCUCAUUA